UGAUGGUGAAGAAGAUAAUGAAUGUUAUAAAAUGAAAAAAUUCUAUAAGGAAGGUGAUGAUUAUGAUGGAACGAAUGAUGAUAAUCAUGAAAGAGUGAAUGAGAAUGAUUAUGAUAAAGUGAAUGAUAAUGACUACAAUAGAAUGAACGAAUCCGAUUGGAAAGAAGAUGAUUAUGAUGGAGUGAAUGAGGACGACUAUGAAGGAAUGAAUAAAUCUGAUUGGAAAGAUGACUGCUAUGAUGAAGUGAAUGACAACGAUCAUAAUGAAGUGAACAAAUCUGAUUAG